AAUCCUCUCACUUCGCCUCUUCCACCCUGAUUUGAUCUUUGCUGUAAAGCAGAGCAUAGAGUGGAUCAUGUGACUAGAAAAGCAUGACACACAUUUCAGGAAGCAGAGUGUAGGCGGAGCAGACUGUCAAGACAGAACUCAUUAAAGGUAAACGAAACAUGGAAAACUAAUAUUUAGUGUUGUCCGAAAUUUGCCUAGUUUACCAUCAGCAAUGUUUGGACAAGCGACAAUUAAGCUGUAAUUCAUGCGACCUGAAAGGGAUUUUAAUGUUUACUGAGACAGUUGCCAGCAUUUGUGCAACUGGAGAUACAACAAUGUAUCAUUAUCUCUGUACGCUGCAGUAUUUCCUUAAUCUAAAUUAGCAUGGCUACUUUACCAUUCACGUCUUUUGCGUUUGAUGAAAUGUAUAUGAUGAUUUAUGAGUAGCAAAUAGACGCAGUGGGAGGGGGCGUAUUUGACAUUCAUCCAUGCCAGGUUAUUCAGGCGUUUGUAUUUCCGCAUUUUUCUGGCCUAGUUUUUCAGGUUGAGGGUGUUGGCUUGCCUUACCUGUGCCCUCUUCCAAGGCCUAAAUCUGAUUGGACGGCUGGCUGAUGAACUUCAACUAACCUCUUGUAGACUACUCUUGUGUACAUUCAUGUGUUUCCCUUAUUGAUGGCCUAUUAUUAUGUUCCUCAACAUUCAUGAAUACAGUAUGUAGGUUUAUUCAUUUCAAAACGAUUCCCACUUUGGCGACAGCAUGAGUGUACAUAAUACAUAAAGCAGGUGGGAGUGAAUAGAAGUGAACUGAGGCAAGCCAUGUGAGUGGCUGACAAUAAUACUUGUAACAUUUUAUAUUUCAAGGUAUUGGGGAGACUCCCAAUGUGUCAACCAUGGCCUACCAGUACGGAAAAGUGCAGGACCCAAAUGUGCUUACUCAGACAAUAAUCUCCAACAUCCAGAAGAUAACACAACAAAGUAAUUGAUACACAUGGACAAACUGUGCACACAACCACAACAUGUAAAUCAGUACACUCAAGUUUUGUCAUAUCCUCUGAAUUUAGUAGGCCAAUAGGCUACUACUAUACAUAUCCUAUGAGGCCUUGGGGAUCAACUCUAAAGUAAUAAUAUAUCUACAUCAUAUUUUUCUUUUGAAUGAACUUUCAAAUGUAAUACUUGUCCUAUUGAAUGAAUACACAUAUUGUUUUGUGUCACAAUAUUUGUGCCUUGUUUCUACCAGCAUCUGAAAUACAGAGUAUUGUGAAUAAGUUGGGAACACAACAAGACACAACUGAGCUCAGACAGCAACUGUGAGUUCUGUUUUAAUCUGAAGAAGUCUCUUGUAGUGUGUAACUUUUAAAGAUGUUUUUACAUGCAGGUAUAUGUAUUACAAUGGAAUAUUAUCUAAAUGAGGCUUUUGACUUUUCAAAUGUAGGCAGCAGAAACAGCAGAAUGUCAACCACCUUGCCAAAGAAACAGACCGAUGUGUGAAGCAAUUUGGCUCUUUGCCUGUCACAACUGAACAGGUACUCAACACGUUUUUUGUACAACAAGCAACAAAACGUAUAGUAACUGUGUGCACUGCAUGGAACUUGUACUGUAAUGUGCAAUAGCAGAGAAAACGUUAUUCACACAAUAAUGUGAAAACCGCCAGGUGAACAGCACCUCAGUGCUCAUUGGUCACAUGUUAGGUGGGCUGGCCUGUGUUGUCCAAUCUGAUCCCUGGAUGACCUGUUCCCUGUGAGUCUCAAGUCUCAAUCAACACAACUUGUCAAUAAUACAAAUAUUAAAAAAUGAUUGCACUUGUAAUAGUGCCCUCCGUUCACCUUUUAUGAAUGCAUUUGUCAUUAAAGGGGCAAUCAGCAGUUGCUACAUCAAUUUUUGGACUUCUAAAUUAUAUGUACCCAUUGAUUCUUGAAGAAUAUAACUUAUACAUACCUCCAUGAGCUUAGUUCAGCUGUCAUACCCCAUCAGAACCCAAAAUAUAAGCUUGUUUUAUUCCAAUAUUUGAAAACGAUAUCCGACUGGGAACAAUCGUUUUGAAUGGUCAUCCAACUCGGAAUUCCAAGUCGGAAACUCUGGCAUCUUUCUAAAGCUCAGACAUUCCGACCUGAAGAUCAUCAGUUGACCUCGUUUUUUUUUCUCUAGUUCCCAGUUGUCUUGAAAGCACCAUGACCAUCAGAUGCAGGUACCAUCAGUCCAGUAAAAUAAAAAAGCAAAUUAUUUCAAUAUGUGGUCCACAGUGCCUCGCAAGUGCUACACUAGCAGAUCUGUUUUGUUAUCAAAGCUCAAGUUUUGAAAUAUAAUAUGGUCUGAAAAUAACAAUAUUGUCAGGACAGGCAUUUAGCCAAUAUGCUGUGAUAAUGUAUUAGGCCUACAUAACUGUUUUUAUUAGGUUAAUGUAAAAUGUUUUAAGUCAUGUUUAAAAAUACAUCUGAGCGGUAGAUCUCUGCUUGCUUUUUGACUAGGAAAGUGAUCUUGACUCAGAAAAGGUUGGUGACCACUGCUGUACAUAAUUCAAAACAACACUGUACUUCAAAACAACACUGUACUGUGCAACACAUUUACAUUUAUAUUUUUAGUCAUUUAGCAGACGCUCUUAUCCAGAGCAACACUGUGCAUAUUCUCAUGAAAUUGUGAAUGAGAUCAAAUGGUUGGCAUGCAGAUGCUGCAUGGACAUUUCACCGGUAAAACUUGAAGAAUUAUCAUUCACGAUUGACAGUGAGAAAUGUGAAGGAAGGGUGACCACAAAAAUGUAGAAAUAAAGAAAAGCAUGCGCAAAACGUGUUUCGGAUCAUUAGCUCUGCGUAAGAGGGUUCCAGGGGGGUGGAACGGGGCGGUUACUUUCAGAUCCGCCUUUAUUUAUAUAUACAGCUGGUGCACUAUUCUUAAGCACAUUAGGCCUUUAUUUCCUGUUUUUGUAGUUGUGCCUUCUCGUUCAAGGAAGGCCAAAAGCACACUACAUGAACAUUUUUCCUGACAGCAGAAAUCCCACAGUGUUGAAGGAAUUUGUGUUUGUGUGUGGUAAAAAAAGCAAUUAAUGCAUUCUUGUAGAGCUCAUAAGGAAAGGUUGGAAUGCAUGCCAUGACAUGAAUAAAGCAAUUCUUACAAACAGCCACGUUUUCUGUUUUUCAGUACUGUCCUGGAUGUUUAAUUUAGACAAUGGAAAGACAAAUGAUGGGUUUAAUUGCAAACACAUUCUUGUUGUAUUUCUUGCUAACGAAAAUGUAUUUAAAUGUUUUACAUAUAAGUCACAUAAUGAGUUAGUAUUUCACUUCUGCUUAUGUAAAGUAGGGCAUGAGAAUAAUUCUCAAUCGGUUGAGAUUAAAGAGCGAUGCUAUGGCACUGUAUGUGAUGUUAACUCAUUUGUUUACAUAUACCUUUCUUCUAGCGCCAGAGAAAGAUCCAGAAAGACCGAUUUAUCAAUGACUUCUCCAAUGCACUGGCCAAUUUCCAAAAGACACAGAGGCAGGCUGCUCAGAAAGAGAAGGCGUUUGUUGCCAGAGUCCGUGCCGAGUCCAGAGUGUCGGUUAGUAAUCAUCAAUAAUUUACACAAACUUCACUAGGUACAGACCAGAGGAGGCUGGUGGGAGGAGCUAUAGGAAGAUUGGCUAAUUGUAAUGGCUUGAACGGAAUUAAUGAAACGGAUUCAAACGUGGUUUCCAUAUUUUGGAAGUGUUUCAAACCGUUCCAUAUAUUCCAUUCCAGCCAUUACAAUGAGCCCAUCCUCAUAUAGCUCCUCCCACCAGCCUCCUCUGGUACAGACCACACCUUCAACAUAUAUGAACGUUUUUGUUUAAUGCUGGAAAAGUGUUGAAGGUACUGGAUGGGGUGUGUGUGUAUGUAUAUAUUGUGUGUGUGUAUAUACACACACACACAUAUAUACACUGCUCAAAAAAAUCAAGGGAACACUUAAACAACACAAUGUAACUCCAAGUCAAUCACACUUCUGUGAAAUCAAACUGUCCACUUAGGAAGCAACACUGAUUGACAAUAAAUUUCACAUGCUGUUGUGCAAAUGGAAUAGACAACAGGUGGAAAUUAUAGGCAAUUAGCAAGACACCCCCAAUAAAGAAGUGGUUCUGCAGGUGGUGACCACAGACCACUUCUCAGUUCCUAUGCUUCCUGGCUGAUGUUUUGGUCACUUUUGAAUGCUGGCGGUGCUUUCACUCUAGUGGUAGCAUGAGACGGAGUCUACAACACACACAAGUGGCUCAGGUAGUGCAGCUCAUCCAGGAUGGCACAUCAAUGCGAGCUGUGGCAAGAAGGUUUGCUGUGUCUGUCAGCGUAGUGUCCAGAGCAUGGAUGCGCUACUAGGAGAGAGGCCAGUACAUCAGGAGACGUGGAGGAGGCCGUAGGAGGGCAACAACCCAGCAGCAGGACCGCUACCUCCGCCUUUGUGCAAGGAGGAGCAGGAGGAGCACUGCCAGAGCCCUGCAAAAUGACCUCCAGCAGGCCACAAAUGUGCAUGUGUCUGCUCAAACGGUCAGAAACAGACUCCAUGAGGGUGGUAUGAGGGCCCGACGUCCACAGGUGGAGGUUGUGCUUACAGCCCAACACCGUGCAGGACGUUUGGCAUUUGCCAGAGAACACCAAGAUUGGCAAAUUCGCCACUGGCGCCCUGUGCUCUUCACAGAUGAAAGCAGGUUCACACUGAGCACGUGACAGAUGUGACAGAGUCUGGCGGCGCCGUGGAGAACGUUCUGCUGCCUGCAACAUCCUCCAGCAUGACCGGUUUGGCGGUGGGUCAGUCAUGGUGUGGGGUGGCAUUUCUUUGGGGGGCCGCACAGCCCUCCAUGUGCUCGCCAGAGGUAGCCUGACUGCCAUUAGGUACCGAGAUGAGAUCCUCAGACCCCUUGUGAGACCAUAUGCUGGUGCGGUUGGCCCUAGGUUCCUCCUAAUGCAAGACAAUGCUAGACCUCAUGUGGCUGGAGUGUGUCAGCAGUUCCUUCAAGAGGAAGGCAUUGAUGCUAUGGACUGGCCCGCCCGUUCCCCAGACCUGAAUCCAAUUGAGCACAUCUGGGACAUCAUGUCUCGCUCCAUCCACCAACGCCACGUUGCACCACAGACUGUCCAGGAGUUGGCGGAUGCUUUAGUCCAGGUCUGGGAGGAGAUCCCUCAGGAGACCAUCCACCACCUCAUCAGGAGCAUGCCCAGGCGUUGUAGGGAGGUCAUACAGGCACGUGGAGGCCACACACACUACUGAGCCUCAUUUUGACUUGUUUUAAGGACAUUACAUCAAAGUUGGAUCAGCCUUUAGUGUGGUUUUCCACUUUAAUUUUGAGGGUGACUCCAAAUCCAGACCUCCAUGGGUUGAUACAUUUGAUUUCCAUUGAUAAUUUUUGUGUGAUUUUGUUGUCAGCACAUUCAACUAUGUAUAGAAGAAAGUAUUUAAUAAAAUUAUUUCAUUCAUUCAGAUCUAGGAGGUGUUGUUUAAGUGUUCCCUUUAUUUUUUUGAGCAGUAUAUAUAUAUAUAUAUAUAUUACAGUACCAGUCAAAAGUUUGGACACACCUACUCAUUCCAGGGCUUUUCUUAAUUUUUUAAAACUAUUUUCUACAUUGUAGAAUAAUAGUGAAGACAUCAAAACUAUGAAAUAACACAUGGAAUCAUGUAGUAACCAAAAAAGUGUUAAACAAAUCAAAAUAUACUUUAUAUUUGAGAUUCUUCAAAUAUCCACCUUUGCCUUGAUGACAGCUUUGCACACUCUUGGCAUUCUCUCAACCAGCUUCAUGAGGUAGUCACCUGGAAUGCAUUUCAAUUAACAGAUGUGCCUUGUUAAAAGUUAAUUUGAGGAAUGUAUUUCCUUCUUGAGCCAAUCAGUUGUGUUGUGACAAGGUAGGGGGGGUAUACAGAAGAUAGCCCUAUUUGGUAAAAGACCAUGUCCAUAUUAUGGCAAAAACAGUUCAAAUAAGCAAAGAGAAAUGACAGUCCAUCAUUACAUUAAGACAUGAAGGAUAGUCAAUCUGGAACAUUUCAAGAACUUUGAACGUUUCUUCAAGUGCAGUCGCAAAAACCAUCAAGCGCUAUGAUGAAACUGGCUCUCAUGAGGACCGCCACAGGAAAGGAAGACCAAGAGCUACCUCUGCUGCAGAGGAUAAGUUAAUUACAGUUACCAGCCUCAGAAAUUGCAGCCCAAAUAAAUGCUUCACAAAGUUCAAUUAACAGACACAUCUCAACAUCAACUGUUCAGAAGAGACUGCGUGAAUCAGGCCUUCAUGGUCGAAUUGCUGCAAAGAAACCACUACUAAAGGACACCAAUAAGAAGAAGAGACUUGCUUGGGCCAAGAAACACGAGCAAUGGACAUUAGACCGGUGGAAAUCUGUCCUUUGGUCUGAUGAGUCCAAAUUUGAGAUUUUUGGUUUCAACCGCCGUGUCUUUGUGAGAUGCAGACUAGGUGAACGGAUGAUCUCCGCAUGUGUGGUUCCCACCGUGAAGCAUGGAGGAGGAGGUGUGAUGGUGUGGGGGUGCUUUGCUGGUGACACUGUUGUGAUUUAUUUAGGAUUCAAGGCACACUUUACCAGCAUGGCUAUCACAGCAAUCUGCAGCGAUACACCAUCCCAUCUGGUUUGCGCUUAGUGGGACUAUCAGACCUCCAGGCUGUGAAAGGGCUAUUUGACCAAGAAGGAGAGUGAUGGAGUGUUGCAUCAGAUGACCUGGCCUCCACAAUCUCCCGACCUCAAGCCAAUUGAGAUGGUCUGGGAUGAAUUGGACCGCAGAGUGAAGGAAAACCAGCCAACAAGUGCUCAGCAUAUGUGGAACUCCUUCGAGACUGUUGGAAAAGCAUUCCUCAUGAAGCUGGUUGAGAGAGAAAAUAUAUUUUGAUUUCUUUAACACUUUUUGGGUUAUUACCUGAUUCCAUAUGUGUUUUUCAUAGUUUUGAUGUGUUCACUAUUAUUCUACAAUGUAAAAAUAAAGAAAAACGCUUGAAUGAGUAGGUGUGUCCAAACUUUUGACUGGUUCUGUAUGUACAUAGAUACACACUUUUUUACUUUACAGGCGUAUUCUAAAAUUGAUUAAAUUGUUUUGUUUUUUCAUCAAUCUACACACAAUACCCCAUAAUGACAAAGCAAAAACAGAGUUUUAGAAUUGUGUGCUAAUGUAUUAAAAAGAUAACUGAAAUAUCACAUUUACAUAAGUAUUCAGACCCUUUACUCAGUACUUUGUUGAAGCACCUUUGGCAACGAUGACAGCCUUGAUUCUUCUUGGGUAUGACGCUACAAGCUUGGCACACCUGUAUUUGGAGAUUUUAUCCCAUUCCUCUCUGCAGAUCCUCAAGCUUUGCCAGGUUGGAUGGGAGCGUCACUGCACAGCUAUUUUCAGGUCUCUCCAGAGAUGUUAGAUCAGGUUCAAAUCCGGGCUCUGGCUGGGCCACUCAAGAACAUUCAGAGACUUCUCCCGAAUCCACUCCUGCGUUGCCUUGGCUGUGUGCUUAGGGUAGUUAUCCUGUUGGAAGGUGAACCUUUGCCCCAGUCUGAGGUCCUGAGCGCUCUGGAGCAGGUUUUCAUCAAGGAUCUUUCUAUACUUUGCUCUGUUCAUCUUUCCCUCGAUCCUGAGUAGUCUCCUAUUCCCUGCCGCUGAAAAACAUCCCCACAGCAUGAUGCUGCCACCACCAUGCUUCACCGUAGGAAUGGUGCCAGGUUUCCUCCAGACGUGAUGCUUUGCAUUCAGGACAAGGAGUUCAAUCUUGGUUUCAUCAGACCAGAUCUUGUUUGUCAUGGUCAGAGAGUCUUUAGGUGCCUUUUGGCAAACUCCAAGCAGGCUGUCAUGUGCCUUUUACGGAGGAGUGGCUUCCGUCUGGACACUCUACCAUAAAGGCCUGAUUGGUGGAGUACUGCAGAGAUGGUCGUCCUUCUGGAAUGUUCUCCCAUCUCCACAGAGGAACUCUGGAGCUCUUUCAGAGUGACCAUCGGGUUCUUGGUCAUCUCCCUGACCAAGGCCAUUCUCCCCCGAUUGCUCAGUUUGGCCGGGCGGCCAGCUCUAGGAAGAUUCUUGGUGGUUUCAAACUUCUUCCAUUUAAGAAUGAUGGAGGCCACUGUGUUCUUGGACCUUCAAUGCUGUAGACAUUUUUUGGUACCCGUCCCCAGAUCUGUGCCUCGACACAAUCCUGUCUCGGAGCUCUACGGACAAUUCCUUCGACCUCAUGGCUUGGUUUUUGCGCUGACAUGCACUGUCAACUGUGGGACCUUAUAUAGACAGUGUGUGCCUUUCCAAAUCAUGUCCAAUCAAUUUAAUUUACCACAGGUGGACUUGUUGUAGAAACAUCUCAAGGAUGUUAAACGGAAACAAAAUGCACCUAAGCUCAAUUUUGAGUCUUAUAGCAAAGGGUCUGAAUACUUAUGUAAAUAAGGUAUUUCUGUUUUUUGUUUUUAAUACAUUUGCAAAAAUGUCUAAAAACCUGUUUUCGCUUUGUCAUUAUUGGGUAUUGUGUAUAGAUUGAGGAUUAAUUUUUUUUGAUUUAAUCCAUUUUAGAAUAAGGCUGUAAUGUAACAAUGUGGAAAAAGUCAAGGGCAUUGAAUACUUUCCGAAUGCACUGUGUGUAUGUGUGUGUGUGUGUAUGUAUGUAUGUGUAUAUAUAUAUAUAUAUAUAUAUAUAUAUAUAUAUAUAUUAUAUAUAUGUGUAUGUAUGUAUGUAUGUAUGUAUGUAUGUAUGUAUGUAUGUAUGUAUGUAUGUAUGUAUGUAUGUAUGUAUGUAUGUAUGUACAGUGGGGGAAAAAAGUAUUUAGUCAGCCACCAAUUGUGCAAGUUCUCCCACUUAAAAAGAUGAGAGAAGCCUGUAAUUUUCAUCAUAGGUACACGUCAACUAUGACAGACAAAUUGAGGGAAAAAAAUACAGAAAAUCACAUUUCAGGAUUUUUAAUGAAUUUAUUUGCAAAUUAUGGUGACAACUAAGUAUUUGGUCACCUACAAACAAGCAAUAUUUCUGUCUCUCACAGACCUGUAACUUCUUCUUUAAGAGGCUCCUCUGUCCUCCACUCGUUACCUGUAUUAAUGGCACCUGUUUGAACUUGUUAUCAGUAUAAAAGACACCUGUCCACAACCUCAAACAGUCACACUCCAAACUCCACUAUGGCCAAGACCAAAGAGCUGUCAAAGGACACCAGAAACAAAAUUGUAGACCUGCACCAGGCUGGGAAGACUGAAUCUGCAAUAGGUAAGCAGCUUGGUUUGAAGAAAUCAACUGUGGGAGCAAUUAUUAGGAAAUGGAAGACAUACAAGACCACUGAUAAUCUCCCUCAAUCUGGGGCUCCACGCAAGAUCUCACCCCGUGGGGUCAAAAUGAUCACAAGAACGGUGAGCAAAAAUCCCAGAACCACACGGGGGGACCUAGUGAAUGACCUGCAGAGAGCUGGGACCAAAGUAACAAAGCCUACCAUCAGUAACACACUACGCCGCCAGGGACUUAAAUCCUGCAGUGCCAGACGUGUCCCCCUGCUUAAGCCAGUACAUGUCCAGGCCCGUCUGAAGUUUGCUAGAGUGCAUUUGGAUGAUCCAGAAGAGGAUUGGGAGAAUGUCAUAUGGUCAGAUGAAACCAAAAUAUAACUUUUUGGUAAAAACUCAACUUGUCGUGUUUGGAGGACAAAGAAUGCUGAGUUGCAUCCAAAGAACACCAUACCUACUGUGAAGCAUGGGGGUGGAAACAUCAUGCUUUGGGGCUGUUUUUCUGCAAAGGGACCAGGACGACUGAUCUGUCUAAAGGAAAGAAUGAAUGGGGCCAUGUAUCGUGAGAUUUUGAGUGAAAACCUCCUUCCAUCAGCAAGGGCAUUGAAGAUGAAACGUGGCUGGGUCUUUCAGCAUGACAAUGAUCCCAGACACACCGCCCGGGCAACGAAGGAGUGGCUUCGUAAGAAGCAUUUCAAGGUCCUGGAGUGGCCUAGCCAGUCUCCAGAUCUCAACCCCAUAGAAAAUCUUUGGAGGGAGUUGAAAGUCUGUGUUGCCCAGCGACAGCCCCAAAACAUCACUGCUCUAGAGGAGAUCUGCAUGGAGGAAUGGGCCAAAAUACUUACAGAAAACGUUUGACCUGUGUCAUUGCCAACAAAGGGUAUAUAACAAAGUAUUGAGAAACUUUUGUUAUUGACCAAAUACUUAUUUUCCACCAUUAUUUGCAAAUAAAUUCAUUAAAAUCCUACAAUGUGAUUUUCUGGAUUUUUUUUUCUUAUUUUGUCUGUCAUAGUUGACGUGUACCUAUGAUGAAAAUUACAGGCCUCUCUCAUCUUUUUAAGUGGGAGAACUUGCACAAUUGGUGGCUGACUAAAUACUUUUUUUCCCCACUGUAUGUAUGUAUGCACACACAAAAGUAUGUGGACACCCCUUCAAAUUAAUGGAUUCGGCUAUUUCAGCCACACCCGUUGCUGACAGGUGUAUAAAAUUGAGCGCACAGCCAUUCAAUCUCCAUAGACAAGCAUUGACAGUUGAAUGGCCUUACUGAAGAGCUCAGUGACUUUCAACAUGGCACCGUCAUAGGAUGCCACCUUUCCAGCAAAUCAGUUCGUCAAAUUUCUGCCCUGCUAGAGCUGACCCGGUCAACUGUAAGUGCUGUUAUUGGGAAGUUUAAAUCGUCUUGGAGCAACAACGGCUCAGCCGCGAAGUGGUAGGCCACACAAGCUCACAGAACGGGACCGCUGAGUUCUGAAGUGCAUAGUGUGUAAAAAUCGUCUGUUCUCAGUUGCAACACUCACUACCGAGUUCCAAACUGCCUCUGAAAGCAACGUCAGCACAAGAACUGUCCGUCGGGAGCUUCAUGAAAUGGGUUUCCAUGGCCGAGCAGCCGCACACAAGCCUAAGAUCACCAUGUGCAAUGCCAAGCGUCGGCUGGAGUGGUGUAAAGCUUGCAGCCAUUGGACUCUGGAGCAGUGGAAACGCGUUCUCUGGGGUGAUGAAUCACGCUUCACCAUCUGGCAGUCCUACGGACGAACCUGGGUUUGGCGGAUGCCAGGAGAACGCUACCUGCCUGAAUGUAUAGUGCCAACUGUAAAGUUUGGUGGAGGAGGAGUAAUGGUCUGGGGCUAUUUUUCAUGGUUCGUGCUAGGCCCCUUAGUUCCAGUGAAGGGAAAUCUUAACGCUACAGCAUACAAUUACAUUCUAGACGAUUCUGUGCUUCCAACUUUGUGGCAACAGUUUGGGGAAGGCCUUUUCCUGUUUCAGCAUGACAAUGCCCCCUUGCACAAAGCGAGGUCCAUACAGAAAUAGUUUGUCGAGAUCGGUGUGGAAGAACUUAACUGGCCUGCACAGAGCCCUGACCUCAACCCCAUCGAACACCUUUGGGAUGAAUUGGAAAGGCAACUGUUAGCCAGGCCUAAUCACCCAACAUCAGUCCCCGACCUCACUAAUGCUCUUGUGGCUGAAUAGAAGAUAGAAGCAAUGUUCCAACAUCUAGUGGAAAGCCUUCCCAGAAGAGUGGAGGCUGUUAUAGCAGCAAAGGGGGAUCAACUCAAUAUUAAUGCCCAUGAUUUUGGAAUGAGAUGUUCGACGAGCAGGUGUCCACAUACUUUUUGUCAUGUAGUGUAUAUACAGCCAUUGAUUGGUGAUAGGAGGAGUAGUCAAUUAUUUGGUUGUCGAGAGGGGAGGAAAUGUAAAUGUUUCUUUCCUCCCAAACUUUAGUUACUUUACACAUAAAGCCAUGAAUCAAAUCCCACCUGAAAUUAGAGUGCAUCAAGCUGACUGUUCUGUCCACCCUCAGGGUGGCUAUCCUGACGACAGCUUUGGAGGAAAUGGAAACUCCUUUGAAAGGUCAGAGUUCAGCAUUUCAGUGGUCUCGUGCUUUUUGAGUGAAAUAGUACACAUACAUGCUGCACUAAACAUACUGUGCAAGCUGUCUAAAUACAUCCCACUGUCUGUCGCCACAUAAAACUGCAUGCCGACCACAGAGGAAGGAACCACUGUAGACACUCAUAUUUCAUGGAUUUACCCAGAGUUCAUAAUCCUGAUUCCUCUAUUAUUGCCUACAGUUGUGGAGAAUGUGAACAUCCUCUUUUACAGUCAAGAGACUAUUAUUUUUUAUUUGGUCUGUUGGGGUUUGGCUCUAUAUUUUAUGUCCUGACCUUUUGUUCUACUAUGAAUCGCUUAACCAUCAAAUGAAUAUUCACAUACAAAACCCACAGUUGACUAUUCUCUAACUGCUAGUUUAUCUAAACAUCCACUUUAGUGUUAACAUGUCAGUCUUUACAGGCCCUUCAGGCCCAUCUCUCUCUGGCCCAGCCAGACGGAGUGGGAGGUGAGUGUUUGCUUUGGGUGGUUCACCACGUCUUUCCCAUGUCUGACUCUACAGUGGGGGGCAGGCCCAGGUCCAGUCACAGUCCCAGGAGGUGGCCAUCACUGAAGAGGACCUGCAGCUCAUCCAGGAGAGAGAGACUUCCAUCAGACAGCUAGAGGUGAUAGCACUCGUCUAUUACUCACCAUUAGUGAACAAGAUUCAGGGUUAAAUUAUGAUUUUGCUGGAGGUCUUUCGUUCCUUUAAAUUAUCCUUUAAAUGAUCUUAUACCGUAACCAAUACAGUAAGCACACCUUAUGCCAGGGUUCCGAAUUUGGCCCGCUGGUGGUUUUAUAAAACAAAUUGCAUUGUUGGACAUAACAGAAAACACCAUAAAAUCAGCUCCAAGUGAUUUUAAUUUUGGAAAUCUGUUCCCAAGUAUUCCAACGCAUAAUAGAGAGACACUUGAUCUUAUACCAAUGCAAGCAAGGUUUGAAAUUAGUAUGUUUUAGUCAAAUAUUGGGCUUCUUGCUGUCAAUUUGCAGUCUACAAAUUAUUUGUAAUUAUGUUUCGGCCUCCCGACCAUCCGCUCAAGAAAAAAUUGGCCCGCGGCUGAAUCUAGUUGAUGAUCACUGCCUUAUGCUAUCCUGCAAAUCACACUUACAUAAUGGAUUUAUAUCCAGUCCAUUUAAUUUGUUAUGUUGUCUGUGUAUUCAAUGCUUGUUUUUUUUUCAGUCUGAUAUUACAGAUAUCAAUGAAAUAUUUAAGGACUUGGGAAUGAUGGUCCAUGAGCAAGGGGAUAUGAUCGGUAAGCAUCCAUUCAGUAAUUUACUCCUCUAAACUUCUGACUAUGUUAUAAACGUCUCCACUUUCAAAACAUUGACAGCAUACGCCUACAGGGAUGAAAUACUGCAUGUUUAGGAGUCUUUAAGGCCAAAUGUCUGAGUGUUCUGGGAACCGAGGAUGACCAACAGCUACGCUAGACACACAUGAUUAUGUCCCACGGUUAAGACUGAAGUGCUGUUAACGUGAUGCUGGCAUCCUUUGAGAGGCUAAUCAUCGUCAUGGUGUACAAGUCAAAAGUUAGAGUUCUCACUUUUCAGCAAAAUUUUAAAGAAAACAUUCAACCAAAACUGAACUUCUGUGAGAGAAUUACCCUUUCACUGUGCAUUUUAUACCCCUAGACAGUAUAGAGGCCAAUGUCGAAACUGCUGACCUUCAUGUUCAGAAUGCCACCCAGCAGUUAGCACAGGCUGCAGACUAUCAGGUAGGUAACAUGGGAAUCAUUAUUUUGAGGGUGAAUAAAUCAUGAUGAUUUUUCUGUAUAUUUUACAAUGCUGCAUCAAAUCUAUUUGCGUAUAACAUUAAGUGUUUAUUUUUACCCUUUCAGCGCAAAUCUAGGAAGAAGAUCUGCAUUCUCAUUGCCGUUCUGGUGGUUCUCGCUGUUAUCGUUGGUUUAAUCAUCUGGGCAUCAGUCAAAGGGUGAUGAUGCUUUUCACACACUCUUUGAUCCUGGCAUUUUAAUUAUUAUUUAGGGCGAAGUUUGAGUUACAAAUCUCAUGGCCAUUGCUUGUAAAAUGAAGACAAGGACGACAGAUGUUUCAUACAUUCUGUCACUUUGCUGUGUCGAUGUAAAAAU